UGUUUGGGUAAUGAUCUUCUGGGACUGAUAUCUUUAAUUUUCUUGUUAUUUUCCAUUAUGAAUUAUGAAAACUAAACAUUAAUUUUGCAUCUUUUAGUAUUAAAGAGUAGAGUUUUAUCAAUGCAUUUCUAAUCUUCCUAAAACAAUCAUGUUUAAAAAUAUGCUAACUUGCAAAAAUAUGUUGCUUGGAUCAACUCUUUUUAUAAGUUUAUUUGCUUGUGCCUGUUCUGCUGAUAUAUUAGAUCACACCAUAAUAUUUGACGUAAAACAUCAAACAAUUGGCACAACAAGUUAUGAAAUAUUCAACAUAACUAAAUUUAAUUAUUUUAUUGAUAUUAUAAACAUUCCUAAAGUAGUAGAUUUUCUUAUAAUCCAAGUUCAUACUUUAAACGAGAAUGUCACACUUGCAUAUACAUCUUGGGAUAAAUCACACACUUCCGGAACCAAUGUGGGGCUUGUAAAAAUAACAUUUGGCAAUACCAGAGAGACUUUUCAAUUGUUUAGAUAUGAAGCUGGUUUUAAUCAAGCACUCAAUAUUCUGGUAGCAGUUUCUGUUUAUACAAAAAAUGAUCCAAUUCCUGGUGGAUGUAAUGAUUCCUUUGAAACUGAGUUUGCUCCUUAUCAAAAAAUAAGUUUUACGAAAGAAAUCGUGACAGUCCGAAGUCAACCACCUUCCCAAUUUUCUACCCUCUGUAACAAAUCUGGUAUAGUGACCGAUAUGUAUUACAUGUACCUACCAGAAUCGGAAAAUAUUAUGGAAUAUUUUGUGGCUAUUCAAAAAAUGUUAAAUGCCGAGGAUAUAAAACUGUAUGGCACCAAGGUUCCAUAUGGCUUGGAACCUAACAAGUACAACCUCAUGUACAAUAACUAUAGGGGUAUAGGGCGAGUUUUUGCAAUCGUUGCAACGUCGGAUAGAGGCCGUUCUGCGUAUGUGCCAGCGGUUUCUUUUGGAUGUAGCACAGGUAAAUCAGGUGAAAAUUGUACUGGACCAGAUGAAUUUCCUUGGGCACUCGUAAUAGCUUUAAUGCUAAUUUUAGGUUUAUUUAUAUGUUUUUUUGGACACAGGUUUUUUAAAACUACAACAUUUGUAAACACCGCCAUGUUAAUAGUUUUCUUUAUGAUGAUUGCUACUACUUUAGAUGAUGAGUUUACCAGCGAAGGUAAAUCAGUUUAUUCAUUAUUGAUGGGUGCUGUGGUUGGAGGGGUCUGGGUUUUUUUGUGGUGGUGGCUUGGAAUACCAGUUCUUGCUGUCCUGACCACUUUUUUAUUGACCGGAAUACUAAUUGCUUCAGUAUUCUUUUUCAUUCCUUAUGGAAAUUUAUCGACAUUAUUCGGCGGCCGAUUUACAUUUUGGGCAAUAUUCGGCGCAAUAGUCCUUAUAUGCCAACUUCCCUUAUUCUAUUUAACACCGACGGCCCAUAUAAUGGCUAUAAGCCUAUUAUCAUCUUAUGCGGUAAUAGUCGCACUAAACUAUUAUAUUGCCGGCAACUUGUAUUAUAUUAUUAUCAAUACAUAUCGAAGGAUAGCAAUAGACAAGUUUGAAGAAGUCGUCAUAGAUCCCCCGUAUCACUUUGCCAAUAUUUCGGCCACUGUUUUAUGGGUUAUUUUAUUUCUGGCAGGGGUGUAUUUUCAGUGGAAAAACUCUGUAGGGAGGCCACCGUUUCCACCUCACAGGAGAAGAAGCCUUAAUGGAGGUGCAAAUUGGGAAAGACGCCCUUUAAUAAAUAGAGAGACGCCCUCUCCUGAUUAUUCACAGCACUAAGGUUAAUAAUUUGUAAUCUUUUAAAGACUUAAUAUGUGCCUUAUUUUUAAUUAAUUAAUAAAAAUUUUUUUGAGGUUUA